AGUAUCAAAUCAACCAGCUACUUCUUACGAAAUCUCCCAAUCACUUCUCUUAUCCAUCCAAUUGGAACAGUAAAAAAUGUCGACUACUCUUCUCAACACCCUGGAGCUUCCAACCUCCAAGACUAGCAUCUUCUAUCGUGAAGCCGGUGACAAGUCUGCACCAGUAAUCCUUCUCCUUCAUGGAUUCCCCUCUUCUUCCCACCAAUUUGGCAAUCUCAUCCCUAUCUUGGCGACAAAAUACCGUGUGAGUGCACCUGAUCUCCCUGGAUUCGGCUUCACAGAGGUAAAAACAAAGAUUUCCAAUAUACCUUUUGACAAUCUUGCGACGACUAUUCUAGAGUUUCUCGACACUCUAUCCAUUGAGAAGUUUGUCUACAUUUUCGACUACGGUGCUCCAACGGGCCUCAGACUGGCACUCGCAAGGCCACAGGGAGUUCAAGCAAUCAUCACUCAGAACGGCAACGCAUAUGAAGACGGCUUGGGCGAGUUCUGGGACCAGAUUCGAGAGCUGUGGAACACCAAUAAUGAUCCCAAGGUUCGAUCGAAAUUAGCAUCUGGUCUCCUAAGCCUCGAAGCCACCAAAUGGCAAUACGAGGAAGGCACCCAAAAAUCUCGAGUCGUGGCUCCCGAGUCCUAUAUAUUAGACUAUGCAUUGAUGCAGAGACCUGGCAACUCGGAUAUCCAAAUCGAUUUGUUCUGGGAUUACCGGACGAAUCUCCCGCUUUAUCCUCAGUUUCAUGAGUAUUUCCAAAAAUCUCAGGUGCCUUUACUCGCGGCUUGGGGUAAGAAUGAUCAGAUUUUCAUCGCACCUGGUGCAGAAGCUUUUAAGCGUGAUUUGCCGAAUGCUGAGGUGCAUUUCUUGGAUGCUGGCCACUUUGCGGUUGAGACAGAGACGGUGGAAAUUGGCAGUCUUAUUUUGAAGUUUUUUGGCCCGCAAUGGAAUCUGAACUUCAUCAAUCCCGGAGCGAAAGGGGAUGGAAUCGCUCUCCUCUAUCCUCCUGUAAAGGGAAGCAUAAUUCGAGUCUUCCUCGAUCUUAGCGAGAUUACUCAAGCCAUCGAGCUUCUUCCGAAACGAACAUGUGGCCCAAAGAUUCUGACCAUGAUUGGAGACUCCCGAGCGCAGGUUUUGCAUCGUCUCUGCAGCCUUCCUGACGAAACUGAUCGACCAAGCAUGGUUUUCCACAAAAGAAGCUGUUCGACAGAGAAACCGGGGCUACUAUAUAGGGCGCUUCUGGUAUCACCUCUUCCUCAAACGACGGUUCUAUGGAAUCAAUUGACUCGUGAUGUAUUUGAAUGCAUGAACAAAUUAGAAGAGCAGGAAGACUCCCAGCCUAUUGCGGAGAUUCUUCUGUGGUGUUCAGUGAUUGUAGGUAUCACUGCAGAGGGUAGCAAUUAUCAACAAUGGUUUAUAUCCAAGGCAUGGAGCUUACGCGGAUAUUUGAGGAUUAGCUCAUGGGUUGAACUAAAAGAGUUACUAGCAUCUUUUGCGUGGCUUGACUGUGCUUCCGACAGGGCCUGA